GCAAAAAAAAAAAGAAAAAGAAUAAAGAGAAAAAAGACCCAACACCGUGGAUUUAAAGUCGUUACAACGUUAGAUCUGCUAGGACAUCGACGUGUGUGUGUAGUAAAGUUUCCUGGACAAUGGCAGCGUCUUCUUCGUCAUCUUCUGCGGGAGGUGUGAGUGGCAGCUCGGUGACUGGUUCUGGAUUCAGUGCUUCAGAGCUCAUCCCUCCGAGAAAAGUCCUCUACACAUAUCCUAAAGGCGCGGGUGAAAUGAUGGAAGAUGGCUCAGACAGAUUUUUAUGCGAGUCAGUAUUCAGCUACCAAGUUGCUUCAACACUGAAACAGGUUAAACAUGAUCAACAAGUGUCACGGAUGGAGAAACUUGCGAGCUUGGUGGAGGAGCUGGAAGCAGAUGAGUGGCGAUACAAACCGAUUGAACAGUUACUGGGAUUUACACCUUCUUAAAUAAAGAGAUCCACAUGCCUCUGGUUAAUAAAUCAGCCAAUUAGAGCAAAA